CCAUUUGAAUGCACAAACCAAAAAGCUCAUUUUCCCGCUUCUCUCUCUCUCUAGAAUUUUCGCUUGAGCUUCACAAAAAUGGCGAAUCUGGAAGCAAGAUACAGAGAUCCGACGGCUCAAAAUCCAUCCAAAGCCACAACCUCUGGUGGUAGUGGGGUUUGUAUGAUGAGUACCACUUGGAGAGAUGAACAACACCUGUCUUUCAUCAAUUUUAUCUCCUCCUUCCUCAGUGCAAAUGCUUUCCGUCUCAACUUUGUCCCAAUUGCCCCAGACUUUAUUUUCAACUGUGGGGGUUUGUCGGUGGCAUUCAUAUUUGUGACAAACUUGGAUAGCAAAUUCAUCUCACCAAUGUUCAGCAGGGUCCAGAAACUGAAGGGGCAAUUUGCACACCUCUAUGUUGUUGUCGUUCUCCCAACCAAGGAACAAAAUGAAUUGUUUGUUCACUCCUAUUUCAAACAUGGAAUGGAGCUUGGUAAGCCAACAUUUGUGCCAGUAGAAGACUUAGAAAUGGGCUUUGAGAAGAUUGUCAAGAUAGCUCUCUCUCGUGGGGUAUGCAAACGACAGGAUGUCAUAACAAAAUUAAAGGCUGAGAGGAAACAAUCAGUGCAGGCAAUGGACGUUUUCCUCAGAGUGCUUACAUCCAUACCAGGCAUAGAAAAUCAUGAUGCAAAUGCGCUUAAUCAAGCUAUUGGUUCCAUUGAGGCAAUUGCGAAGGCAUCAAAGGAAUACAUUCUGCAAAACACAGAUCUUUCAGCUGACAAGGCAGAAAUCAUUUCUAGGUUUUUCAGAGAUCCAAACUUUUACAUGAGCCCCAAGAUCAAUAGAUCAGAGAAACAGAUGACAACAAAUUAAAGACAUAAUACCUUUCUACGAACAUCUGCUCCAGAUAGAUCAUCCCUUGGAUCCGGCUCUGUAAAACCAGCUUGUUUUGCUUUAGUCACCACCUCACUGAAAG